CCCUCCGCACGUGUCUACUCCGCGAUGCUUCCCCUGCUGCGCUGCGUUCCCCGCGCCCUGGGCGCCGCUGCCACGGGCCUCCGAGCUGCCGUCCCGGCCUUGCCCCUUCGGCAGCUGCUACAGCCCGCGCCCCGACCGUGCCUCCGGCCCUUCGGGCUGCUCAGCGUGCGCGCCGGCUCCGCGCGGCGCUCUGGCCUCUUGCAGCCCCCGGCGCCCUGCUCGUGCGGCUGUGGAGCUCUGCACACCGAGGGAGACAAAGCCUUUGUUGAAUUCUUGACGGAUGAAAUUAAGGAAGAGAAGAAAAUCCAGAAGCAUAAGUCUCUUCCCAAGAUGUCUGGAGAUUGGGAGCUGGAAGUGAACGGGACUGAGGCUAAAUUAUUGCGCAAAGUUGCUGGAGAAAAGAUCACUGUCACUUUCAACAUUAACAAUAGCAUCCCUCAAUCAUUUGGUGGUGAGGAGGAAGAGCCCUCCCAAGGGCAGAAGGCUGAAGAACAGGAGCCGGAACUGACUUCAACUCCCAACUUUGUGGUUGAAGUUACAAAGAGUGAUGGCAAGAAGACCCUUGUACUGGACUGUCACUAUCCUGAGGAUGAGAUUGAACAAGAAGAGACCGAGAGUGAUAUUUUCUCCAUCAAGGAAGUUAGCUUCCAGGCCACUGGUGACUCUGAAUGGAGGGAUACUAACUACACACUCAACACAGAUUCCCUAGACUGGGCCUUGUAUGACCACCUGAUGGAUUUCCUUGCGGACCGAGGGGUGGACAACACUUUUGCAGAUGAGUUGGUGGAGCUCAGUACAGCCCUAGAGCACCAAGAAUAUAUCACCUUCCUUGAAGACCUCAAAAGUUUUGUCAAGAGCCAGUAGAACUGUCAGAGACUGGGGGCUUUAAUUAAAUGGCAAGCUUUGGCCAGUGAACAAAAGCUACUUUGCCAUUAGCUUUGAAAUGGCUGUCAUCCUAAUUAAUAUCAUGGGAGGAAAAAAGCAAGUUUAAGUUAUUGCUGUUACACUUCCAUUUGCUAUUCAUUUGGGUAUUUUUCUCCUGUACAAAUCUAUUUGUAGAUUUUUAUAUAACAUAAUGAUGGACAAUAAAAUUGGUUUUAUCUCCUCCAAGAAAAA